AUGACUGCGGCUGCUGCUGCGGUGUAUAUCCAUGUCGAGGCCAGCGUUGGCGGCGCCAUGCUAUCGCACUUUCAACUUGACAUGCAAAAGAUGACGGCAGCCAACGAUGCACUCAUCCGGGUCCUGCGAGACUCGAAACUUGCGCCUUCCUUACCAACAAAAGGCUGUCGUCUUCCGUGCGGCGUGCGGUGGUCUCGGCGGACGACGCGGUAUACCUCGGCGCCUGGCUCGCUGUGA